UUGAUGACGCACAUGUACGGGAAUGCAGCGAGAGAUGACUUGUGGAACAAAUUCUCUGAGGUCAUGCAGCGGGAGGGAAAGGACAUCAACAUCACGCAGGUCAUGGACCGCUGGACCCUGCAGAUGGGCUACCCUGUCGUCACCAUCAGCAAGAACGACAGUCUUGACAACAGUGUCACCAUCUCACAAGAGCACUUCGUCUAUGACACGGACGCUAAGAUCCAGAAUCCUGAGCUGUUCAACAACAGUUUCCCACUGCCAGCGUAAGCGGUAUUUGCCAC